UGCCUGCCCGCGGGGGUCGGCGCGCCAGGUGCGGUUCUAAAGAAUGCCGGGAAAGACGCACAAAGGCGAGUGCUUAGCUUCCCUGGGCGCUGUUAGCCCACCCUGGUGAGGACAAAAAGGAGGCCUGUGCCUGCCCCUUUAAGACCGAGUCCCGUUCUCCUCGGAGGGAAAUAACGUGGUCACGAACACUUUUGGAACUUACCUUUUUAACCCCUCUUCCUUCCUUAACAUUGAUAACAGUUAUAGUUUGGUAACCUCCACAACUCUUGGCAAGACCUCAUAAAGGCCAGAACCGUGUUUGCCCUGGUAAUAGCUCUACCUCACUGCUAGAGUCUAAGCUUCCCAAAGAUGGAGACUUAUUUUGUUCACAGUGCCUGCUUAAAGAGACCCACGGAUUCCAGUUGAGAUCACUGUGGCAGCCGGGUCCUUCCUUCCUCACAAGGAGCAGCAGCUUUUAUCAACAGCAACAUUGACAGAACCUGUGUUUUGGACAAGGACCGAUGGCUUCGAGCCUAGGUUGGAGAGCAUGUGCACUAUUUCCCAUGAACCACUGUGGUGUCUUUCUGAAAGCUGUGAGAAGCAAUGGCCUUUCCUUGUUUCCCUGGGGCCAUUCCCCCUGGAGAGGAACUAGAAGCUUUUUGGACCCUGAGAUGAAAGCUUUCCUGGAGGAGAACACUGAAGUCACCACCAGUGGCAGCCUCACCCCUGAAAUCCAGUUGCGGCUUCUGACGCCCAGAUGCAAAUUCUGGUGGCAAAAAGCUGACCUGUGGCCCUACAGCGAACCUUACUGGGCAAUCUACUGGCCAGGAGGCCAGGCCCUGUCUAGAUAUCUUCUGGAUAAUCCUGGUGUGGUUGGAGGGAAGUCUGUGUUAGAUAUUGGGAGCGGAUGUGGAGCUGCGGCUAUCGCUGCCAAGAUGAGCGGGGCAUCAAGGGUCUUGGCCAACGACAUAGACCCUAUUGCAGGAGUGGCUAUCACACUGAAUUGCGAGUUGAACCAACUGGAUCCUUUUCCCAUUUUAACCAAAAAUAUUUUGGAUUUGGAACAAGAUAACUGGGACCUUAUUGUGCUUGGAGAUAUGUUUUACGAAGAAGACCUUGCAGACAGUCUUCAUCAAUGGCUGAAGAAUUGCUUUUGGACCCACAGAACUCGAGUCCUGAUUGGUGACCCUGGACGACCCCAGUUCAGUGGACAUAGCAUUCAACAUCAAUUGCACAAAGUGGUAGAAUAUUCACUUCCAGAGCCUACUAGGAAGGAAAACAAUGGACUGACAACAAGCACAGUAUGGGAUUUUCAGCCUUGAGUUGUCCAAAUGCUUCCAAGUGUGAAUAUAGUUAUGUUUGGGUUUAACCCUAAAAGACCCUCCAGUUUAAAGCAUGUAGUAUCUUGUUUCCAAAAGCUGAAGUCUUAAAGUUUUGUCAGCCUUCGUCAUGUAACUCCUUCUGCAUUAUGCCAAAUAUACAAAUCUCUAC